AUGUCUGGAUAUCCCAGACAGAAAUGGAGUCAUGUCAUGAAGAACAUGAACAAGAGAAGUGCGUUUACGCUCAUCGAGCUUCUGGUGGUCAUCGCGAUCAUCGCGUUGCUCAUCGGUAUCCUGUUGCCGGCGCUUGGUAAGGCUCGCGCUCGUGCAAACCAGCUCAAGGACAGCACCCAGGUGCGUUCGUUGCUGCAGGGUCUGGUGGUCUUCGCUGGUAACAACCGCGACAACUACCCGCUGCCAAGCCGCGUGGACAAGAACGACAAGACCAUUGCGGUUACUGGUGAAAUCACAUCUUCCCGACAGAAGGAUACAACAGGUAACAUUUUCUCGAUCCUGAUCGCUCAGGGUAUCGUAGAAACAGAGCUCUGCAUCAGUGCUGUUGAAACUGGUCAGUACGAGCAGUUCUCAGAUUACCAAAGCGACUCGCCUCUCGGCGGUGUUGGCGGAGGAAACGCUGAGCAGACUGAAGCGCUGUUUGAUCCGAACUUCCGUGCUACACCACUCGACCAGUUCUGGGAAGAUGGUGAACGUGCGGGCAAUAUGGCACCUGAUGAAAACCUCGAGAAGUACGAGGGGCUCGGUAACUUCAGCUAUGCUCACAUCCCACCAUUCGUCCAACGCCGUGCACAAUGGCAGAACACCUUCCAAGCUCUUGAACCAGCGCUUGCGAACCGUGGUCCUGUGUACGAGAUUACCGACACAGAAGAUGGUGCUUGGGAACUCAUUGACGAUUCUGACGCAAGUGCAGACGGAAUGACUCCACUUGGGCGUGGUUCUGUCACGCUUGCAAUGAACGGUUCCCGUACCGAGUGGGCUGGAAACGUUGGCUUCAACGAUGCUCACGUCGAGUUCUACAACCGUCCUGAUCCUGAAUCAGUCAUUUGGUCAUUCACUGAUCUUGAAGAUGCGAAUCAGAACCAGCCUGACAACAUCUUCAUGAAUGAAGAUGAUCAGACUCGUGAAGUAUUGAAUGCUCCAACUGAUGAGGUUGGGUUGAGCGGUGAAGACAGCAACCGCAACGCGUACCUAACUCAGUACUACGAGGUUGACAUCGAUGAUGAUGGCGAAACCGCGAUCAGCCCAUACUACGAUUGA